CUUGAGACUCACUGUUUUAAACAAAUAUGAUUAAAACACUGUGAGAUAGAUAGAGCCUCUGUGGCUCAGGCUGCUAAGACAGUCUGUUAUUAACAUAGCUGCUUGCAAUUACUGCAGGUUCAAGCCCCACCAGGCCCAAGGUUGACUCAGCCUUCCAUCCUUUAUAAGGUAGGUAAAAUGAGGACCCAGAUUGUUGGGGGGGGGCAAUAAGUUGACUUUGUAUAUAAAUAUACAAAUAGAAUGAAGACUAUUGCUAACAUAGUGUAAGCCGCCCUGAGUCUUCGGAGAAGGGCGGGAUAUAAAUGCAAAUUAAAAAAAAAACAAACAGUGCUCAGAAGAAACUUAUUUUCCAAAGAACCAGAAAGCAGGACAAGAAACAAUGGAUGGAAACUAAUCAAGGAGAGAAGCAACCUGGAAUUAAGGACAAACUUCCUAACAGCGAGGACAAUCAACCAGUGUAACAAGUGGUCUGCAGAAGUUGUGGGUGCUCCAAUACUGGGGUUUUUUUCAGACCAUUUGUCUGAAACGUUACAGGGUUUCCUGCUUGAGCAGAGGGUUGGACUAGAAAGAACUCCAAGAUCCCUUCCAGCUGACUGACUGAUUGAAUGAAAGGGGCUUAGAGAUAACAUGUAAGAAAAUAACGCAUCAUCAAUAACACUUGUUCAAGGAACACAGUCUUUGUCUAACUCAGGAGUCGGCAAUCCUUAAACCCUCAAAGAGCCACAAAUGUCCUAACCGGAAGUCCACCGUUCAAUUUGGAGCUGACCGGAAGUCCGGUUCCCCCACCACAGAGUCUCCUCCUAGUGCGGUUUCCUUUUUUCCUCUACUUUUCUUAACCAUAAGCCCUAUCAAUUGUGGAGCCAACUGGAAAAUCCGCCCCUUGCCAUAAAGGGAAAGGAAUAGAAUGGAUUAAAGUUUAGUAAGCCUAAGAUGGAAGCUCCACAGGUGGUGACCUACAGUUCUUCCAUUGUGCUUGUGGACUCCUUUUUAUUUAUUUUUUUCAGUUCAGUGUUCCGAGUUCUAAACAGAAGUCCCAAGAUUCUGUUCAGAAGAAGAUGAAGGUGGGAUAUUGCUGCAAGAAAGUCACCCUGUACUUGUUUUUCUUCUUCAAUCACCUGUUCUUUAUCUUGGGGGCCCUGAUGGUUGGGAUCGGAACCUGGAUUUUGGUUGACCAAAAGUCCUUCAUUCCCAUCCUGCAGAACUCGGCGCCCUCGUUCCAAGUUGGGCUCUACGUCUUCAUCGGAGUUGGUGCCAUCACCAUGGUGCUCGGCUUCCUGGGGUGCUUAGGGGCCCUCUGUGGCAUCCGGUGUGCCCUUGGCAUCUACCUCACCUGCCUGGUGCUCAUCCUCUCGGCCCAGGUCACCGCUGGUCUGAUGAUCUACUUCCAACAGAGCUCACUGAAAGCCAGAAUGCCCGAAGUGGUGAUUGAUCUCUUCCAGACAUACAACCCUUCGGAUGAUACGAAUCAGGUCCUCGAAUCCGCUUGGGACUUUGUUCAAUCCGAGUUCUCGUGCUGCGGCUGGACCGGACCCGAAGACUGGCAACUCAACAAAAUCCUUUGGUCGAGCAAAAUGCGCUUUUAUCCAUGUUCUUGCAGCAACCAGACGGAGGACGCCCCGCUAGGGACAGGCUUCUGCGCUCUGGAGCCCGAUUCGAACGCGAGCACCGUGGCUGACUGGCCCGUGAAGAAGCAGGGGUGCCGGAUGGCUGUGCAGAACUGGCUGCAGGAAAACUUCAACGUCUUUCUCGGGGUCUGCAUCGGAGUGGCCAUCACGGAGCUGCUGGGGAUAGGCCUCUCUAUCUGCCUUUGCAAAGGCAAAACGUGCCAAUACUGAAGACGACCGCCCCGCCUGGAGCCCGGAUGCGAUCCACGAGGAAAGAGGGAACGGGAUUCCAGAUGGUGCUUGGCAUUCCCUACUGGAGCAUGAACCCCAAUUCCUCUACUUAUCUUGCUCCUUCCACUUUUAUAGCCAAGAGCACAGUUGGAUGCAAAUGUUCGGAACAACAUGGGGUUAGGUUUUAUUCACCGCCAUAAUAAGAUUGUCCAUAUGUCUUUCGGACAAUCCCUUUCGCUGGGUUCGUACCCUCUUCCUUCUGUGCAGUUCGGAUCAAGUUGGGAGAUUAGACUGGUGGACUUCUUCCGGAAAUGUUCCUACCUGAGGCUGGUUCAUCCUUUCUCCAAUUAUUCAGACCCGGCUGUUCAGGCUGACUUCCUGAAUUCCCAAGGGAAAUCUCUUCUGCCUGGAAUUGUACCACUUGCUCUGUUUCUCCAACCUUUGAACAAUAAAUAUUGUAUCGGCUGUACAAUUUUCUUUCCCUUCCUGUUUGGUGUUUGGGAUAUCCAUCAGGUCAAAGGUGAGGUGAGUGUCAAAGGAGGACUCUGGAUCACAGGGAGGAGUCUCUGGCGUUCUCCUCUUCCUGGGUUGAUUCGUUUAGUGACCGAAGUUAUUACGGUACUUGGGAAAAAAUUGACUUAUGACCGUUGCAGCAUUCCCAUUGGUCACAUGAUCAAAAUUCGAGGGCUGGGUAACUGGUUCAGAUUUAUGACGGUGGCAGUGUCUCAUGGUCAUGCGAUGCUCUUUUGCGACCUUCUGACAAGCAAAUCCAAUGGGGGAAGCCAGAUUCACAGAGCAACUAUGUUACUAACUUAACAGUAAUUGCGGCAAGGAAGGUUCUAAAAUGGGGCCAAACUCACUUAGCA